UCAAAUAGUAACUGAACUUCGCAGUUCACUUGAUCCUGAAUACGUUGAAGCUCUUGUCGUACUCAAAGAAGCUUAUAUUAAUAAAAUGUGGCCAACUGUGGCACGAAACGAAUAA